AUAAUAAUAGUCUGACGCCUCUUUUCCCUUUAUCUUCGGGCAGUCGGCCUAACACAGCGAUGCGCUAAAUCCCCGCUCUGGCGUUUUCUACGCCUACCCUUCGCGAGAUGCGAGCUUUGAGGACUGCUCUUCCGCUGCUUCUCCUCGCAAGUCAUGCAUAUUGCCAGGCGACACAUACUGUGGUGGUGGGCGUCAAAGGAAGUUUUUACGAUCCACCGACGACGAACGCACUGGAGGGUGACAUUAUAACUUUUGUUUUCGGUGGAGUUAUUCACGGGGUCACCCAGUCGUCAUUUGAGCAGCCAUGCUCCCCGCUUCCAGGCGGUUUCAGCAGCAGACUUCUCGGGCUGAACGGGAGCAGUACUAUAUCACCGCCGACAUGGAGCCUUGUAGUUUCAAACGCCUCACAACCGAUCUGGUUUUUCUGUGAAUCAACGAGGCCAGAAUCCCAUUGCAAUGCAGGGAUGGUUGGCACUAUAAAUGUUCUUCCAGAUAUGUUCAACCAAUUUCAAUCAUCCGCGAAAGUUGUAACUGGGACUCCUACGCCUACACCUUUGGUAGCAUUGACUGGUAUCGGCGCGUUUGCUACAGCGAAUCCGACGACAUUCUCAUUGCAAUCGUCCUCUGCUUCCGGCUCAUCAGAUCCGGGUCAAACGCAGAGCAUUAUCUUGCCAUCCGCAUCAGCCGAAACCUCCAAUAAGAAAAGUGUUCCUAUUGGUGCAGUGGUUGGAGGCGUAGUGGGUGGUGUCGCUGUCGUAGUCAUUGCUGGCUUUCUGUUCCUUCAGCAUCGCCAAAGAAGCAGAAGGACGAUUGAAGAAGAACAUCAGUAUAUCACGGAGAAGGAUCGUCAAUCUCUGCCCUUCCGUCGCCCUAAGCAACGCGUCAUGGAUUCUGAUAUGUCGGAUUCUGGAUCGAGUAGAGGCGAUGUGGGGCAGCAUCGGCCAGGAAGUCUAAGUGGGACAUCGUCGGAUUUAAGUACCACUAGGUUGACAAGACAGAACUCCAGUAUGAACACCCAUCCGAACAUCCACAACAGAAAUAUCAGCUAUGGAAGCGACCAGGAUUACAUUGCACAGACCCGACAUACCAACUUGCAAUGUGGAUUAAGCCCAGUUACAAUCUCAGAUGUGUUUAACCUAUCGCCAUCUCCUCACCCUUUUGCACAGAUACCAUAUACCCAGCAGGAGGCACCACCACCGGAAUUGUCUAGCCGUCACGGUCCCACGGCAAAUGUUCACAAGAUUGCGAAAGAAGUCGCUGCGCUUCUUGGACCGGGAAGCGUAGCUCCUCCUCCAGGGCUUCACCCUCAUCCACUUUCGGGAUCCAGCAUUGCUCACUCCCAAGGGCGUUCAACUCGCCAGCUUCCUGAUCCGACACGGUAUCUGCGACCAGCGACUGUCGUAGAAGAACCCGAAUCACCUGGCUUGCCACGGUAUGAACGAUAGUGUCACUCAUUUAUUUACCCUUUCUUUCUUUAAUUACCAUUUUCUUUGCCAAAAAUUGUCACGUCAUUCAUCCCAUUCAUGCAUUAUUUACCUCGCCUUGAUGGAGUGAUUCCAUAUUUAACUAUUCGUUGAUGCGUUAUAUUUUAUUAUCGGACUAUGGUGGAUGGUGGUGGAUGUGCAACUCAAUACAUCGAUUGGGUAUAUUCUCAAAC